CGCUUGGUGAGAUCGGUAGAGGAUUCUCAGCAGCGUCACCAUGUCCACUCUCCACAUCAGCAGGCUCUUUUUGUCACUCUGUCUCCUUCCAGCUGUUUCAUCCAGUCUCCACCCCGAAUGUGAGUACAUAUAUCAGCUAGAGAGAGAGGAGCAGCGCUGCCUUCAGGACAUUGCACGACAAGAUAACAGAAGCUAUGAAGGUUGUCCUCCAUUCUGGGAUGCCAUCGUCUGUUGGCCUCAUGCUGUCAUUGGAGAUACGGUCCAGAGAGGCUGUCCUGCAGUUUUCUCCCUCUUUACAAACAGUACAGGUUCAGUGAGCCGCAAUUGCACCAGCAGGGGUUGGUCCAGUCCCUUCCCACCAUAUCACAUCGCCUGCAGCGUGGAUGAUGACAUUCCUGAGACAGAAGAAUCGUACUUUGCCACAGUGAAGCUAAUAUACACCGUUGGCUACAGCGUUUCUCUGACGGUGCUGGCUGUUGCCGUGUUGAUCCUGUUGCUCUUCAGGAAGUUGCGUUGUGCCAGGAACUUCAUUCACAUCCAGCUUUUCAUUACGUUUAUCUUAAAAUCAGUGGCGGUGUUCAUAAAGGACGCCACUCUCUUCUCAAGUGAUGACAUCAACCACUGCACCCUCUCCACAUUCUCCUGUAAGGCCUCUGUUGUCUUCUGCCACUACUGUGUCAUGGCUAAUUUCUUCUGGCUGCUGGUGGAGGCGCUGUACCUGAACUCCCUGCUGCUCUCCUCCUUCUCUCACUGCCGCAGAUAUCUGUGCUGCUUCAGUCUGCUGGGAUGGGGUGUCCCAGUGCUCUUCAUCCUCCUGUGGAUUGGAUCCAGGCUCUACUUUGAAGACACGGAAUGCUGGGACAUCAAUGAGAACUCACCCUACUGGUGGAUCAUCAAGGGACCGAUUGUUGUGUCUAUAGCGGUCAAUUUCAUGCUCUUCAUGAACAUCAUCCGAAUCCUGAUACAGAAACUCAAUCCUCGACUCAUCCAGUUCAACAAUUCCUCCCAGUACAGACGCCUGACCAAGUCCACCCUCCUCCUCAUCCCUUUGUUUGGAACUCACUACAUGUUCUUCAAUUUUCUGCCCGACUACUUCAGUGUUAACCUGCGCCUCUACAUCGAGCUCUGCAUCGGAUCCUUCCAGGGGCUCCUCGUUGCAAUCCUCUAUUGCUUCCUCAAUCAAGAGGUCCAGAAAGAAGUCCAUAUGCAGUGGCUGAGGUGGCAGGAGAGCAGCUACGGGGUGGUGUCACCUGCUGCUAAGGGCAGCCAGAUGGACACACCUUUCUAGAUCCUUCUGACAUGAUGCUACACACUGCUGG